AAAAGACAUUAUUAUCCACAGCCAGUCCCCCGAAUUGUUACAUUUCGGCAGAUAUACAGAGCUUCAUCCUACUAUAUCGAAUGGGAAACGGAGGGGGCUGUCCAGCUCUGAAGAAGGAUAAAUUGGAGCAGUGCCGUAGCCCGUGGUGGAGCAGGCCCGGGAGGCAGGGGUAGGGAUAUGGAAGCCUCGCUGACAGACAGAUAGGGAUCAGUGGAAACAUCUGGCCUGAGGAAACUGGUUCGCUGUGCUCGACGUAUCACAAUCGCCAGCCGCCAACACUCCACCAGACAUGCAUGUGAUGUAGACAGGUACGAUUCCAACCGAGCAUUGUCCGCAAAUGAGAGCAUAGCGGACAUGGGACAUGGGAUACUGGCUGGGGCCCCAUUGCCCAUCAUCUGAAAUAAUGUUUUCUUUUGGCAAUAACCCCCAGAACCCCCUCGGUGGGGAGGGGGGGUCAUACCGGUUAAAUAUUUAUGGUCCGUUUCUCACUCAGCCUGUCAUGCCAUCGCGUCAUUAACCUUUGCCACUGUGCUGGCGCGGAGCGUCGAGAUGCCCUUUUCCCAGCACUCCCUAGCACAUGCCUGCGCAGUCACUGACUGCCAAAUGACAUCACCCUGGACGGGCCAGUGUCGCUAAUUGCAGGAGCGGGGCAGGCGAGGAGAGACAGGGGGGUUCUGCGGUGCUGGUCAGAGAGGGGCACUCUCUUUGCGAAAGGCCACUGUCACCCUUCGCUGUGGAAAUAAUGGCCACCCAGCAUUACGGUUUGGUUGGCUGCGUGGCACCAGAGCGGGCACUGAGGCUCAUGCCAAAUCUGCAGUACCGGACCCCUAGCAUUUGCCAACUCAGGCGCUGAAAAGGGUAGCGUUCGAUCAAGCUUGGGGACUCCACCGAGGGCUCAGAGAAUGACUUGUCACCUUUCAUCAGUCGCAGAGUUGGCCAGGGCUUCGUUGUCCAUUUUAGGAAUCAAGCGUAAACAUUUAAUGUACUUUAAUUGUGUUUGCUUGUUUGGCUGUCGUCCCACCAUUUAAAAGGGAAACGACAUGUUGAAAUUAUUCCUUUUUUUUUUUCAUCUGACAAAAGUAGUGGUAAAAAAAAAAAAAAGCUUCAAUUGAACCCGGGACUCAACACUCCCCUCUAUGCUUCUUUUGUUUUACUCCAACCGCAGAUGUCUGUAGACUUUUAGUGUCUGAUGGGACAUUGGAGGCCCUUUUUGGGGCCCUGACAUCAUUGUCACCCCGCCGCGUGAUCCAGACGAGAUGCCUGGAACAGUUAAGACCGACAAGCUCCCCGGGCCCCAAGAGAAAAUGUCAUGUUUGUUUGCAGUGACUACAAAAAGCCUCCAUGUCACUGACUUUGUCCCUGCACAAUAGACUUAAAGAUUGUUAAUUAAUGAAACGUCAGUCAGCACUGCUGCGCUUACACCCCCCUCCCCCCAUAACUCACCCUGUAGUGCUGUCCUUCAUGGGGCAGCCUCUCAUGCAUAUUCAGUGAGCGGCUGCUUAAUAUGCAUGAGGGUGCGUAUAAAGGCUGAGCAGUGGCGCUGGCCUCAGUAGGGUGAGCGCAGAGCGGAAGAGACCAAGAGUGACGAAGCGUGUGAGGAGGGGGAAACAUACACCGACCGAAGGAACAGGCUGCCUACUCCUGCUCAGGCACAUGGUGGCUGGCACUGACGGCUUUGCAGCGUCAUGAAUUCAGUCAGCUGAACCUGGUGGCUGGCUGAGGAGGAGAACGGCGGCUGGACACGGAGCAGCCUGGGUCAGGGACGCGACAGUUCCAUGUGAGAGGGAGAGAGCCUGUCCGGUCAACUGGUGGGGAACAUUGGAUGGUGAGAUCCCUCCACCAUGGGAUGCAGCCUUUGUGCCCUGCAGAAGCCUCAGGAGCAAUACAAACUACUCUAUGAAGUCUGCCAGGUAAAUGGAAAGGACCUGUCCAAGGCCACCCAUGACCAGGCGGUGGAAGCCUUCCGCACAGCAAAAGAGCCUAUCAUGGUCCAGGUGCUUCGCCGGGCCCCCCGUCCCAAACCCCCCAGCCCCGCCUCAGACACCCAGGUGGUGGACAUUAGCACCCAGACAGACAUCACCUUCCAACACAUCAUGGCCCUUACAAAGCUGCCUGCCAAUGCCCCCACGGUGGCUGUGCUGGAACAAUACCUGCUGCCUGAGGAGCAUUCCCCAGAGCACCAGUACUUUGACCCCUGUGAGUUCCUGGAGGGCAUUCAGCAGGAGAUGGAGCGAGAGGAGCUGGAAUACGAGGAGGUGGAUUUGUACAGAGCCAACGUCCAGGACAAGCUUGGGUUGACUGUCUGCUACAGGACAGAUGAUGAGGAUGAAACCGGGAUCUACGUCAGCGAGAUUGACCCAAACAGCAUCGCCGCAAAGGAUGGCAGGAUUAGAGAGGGAGAUAGAAUCAUCCAGAUCAACGGCAUUGAGAUCCAGAACAGGGAGGAUGCCGUGGCUCUGUUAACCAGUGAGGAGAAUCAGAACGUGUGUCUUUUGGUGGCCAGACCAGAGAUCCAGCUGGAUGAGGGCUGGAUGGAUGACGACAGGAACGACUUCCUGGAUGACCUUCACAUGGACAUGCUGGAGCAGCAGCACCACCAGGCCAUGCAGUUCACCGCCAGCAUGCUGCAGCAGAAGAAGCGCGAGGAGGACGGCGGAACGACGGACACAGCCACGCUGCUGUCCAACCACCACGAGAAAGACAGCGGCUUGGGCCGCACCGACGAGAGCACGCGCAACGAUGAGAGCUCUGAGCAGGAGAACCUGGGCGAUGACCAGACCACGGCCUCCAACACACUGGGCAGCUGUGGCCGCAGGAAGCUGACCUACAGCCAGGACACCCUGGGAAGCAUUGACCUGCCCUUCAGCAGCGAAUCCUUCAUCUCGGCAGACUACGACCACGCCGACUUCCUGGGCAUCCCCGCUGACGAGUGCGAGCGCUUCCGGGAGCUCCUGGAGCUGAAGUGCCAGGUGAGGAGCGCGGGGGGACCCCUCGGCCCGCACUACCAGAGCACCGGCGCCGGGGCAGCCGAAGAGACGGUGGACAAGGAGCUGGAGCUGCUGAACGAAGAGCUGCGCGGCAUCGAACUGGAGUGCCUCAACAUCGUCCGGGCCCACAAGAUGCAGCAGCUCAGGGAGCAGUACCGCGAAUCCUGGAUGCUCCAUAACAGCGGCUUCCGCAACUACAACACCAGCAUUGACGUGCGCCGCCACGGCCUCUCCGACAUAACCGAACUGCCCGAGAAGUCGGACAAGGACAGCUCCAGUGCCUACAACACCGGAGAGAGCUGCCGCAGCACCCCCCUGACCCUGGAGCUGUCCCCGGACAACUCCCUCCGCAGGGGCUCAGAGAACCCAGAUGAGGCUGGCGCCGCCAGAGGCCCUGCGCCUGUUGGGGGUGUCCUGAAGCCCCUGCUGUCCCCCAUCCGGGAGGCAGGCGGCCCCGGCAGGAUCAGGCCGUCUUCGGCAGAGGAGUCCGAGUGUGGCCCGCGGGCGGACGCGAAGGAGCAUCAGCUGAGAGAGCCUUGUCAGAAGCUGGCCCCGCCCCGCUCCCCGUACAAACACGCCCACAUCCCGGCCCACGCCCAGCACUACCAGAGCUACAUGCAGCUGAUCCAGCAGAAGUCAGCCGUGGAAUACGCCCAGAGCCAGAUGAGCCUGGUCAGCCUGGUGAGCCGCGGGGAGCCAUUGUCCCCCGGAGAUAUGCCGGAGCCCAAGAUGGAGUGGAAGGUAAAGGUCCGCAGUGACGGCACACGUUACAUCACCAAGAGGCCCGUCAGGGACAAGCUGCUCAAGGAGCGGGCCCUGCGUAUCCACGAGGAGCGCAGUGGCAUGACCACGGACGAUGACGCCAUCAGCGAGCUGAAGAUGGGACGGUACUGGAGCAAAGGAGAGCGGAAGCAGCACGCAGUGCGCGCCAAGGAGCAGAGGCAGCGGCGUGAGUUCAUGAAGCAGAGUCGCGCAGACUGCUUGAAGGAGCAGGCCAACCUGGACGAUGACAGGAAGGAGCCCAACAUCAUCGAACUCAGCCACAAAAAGAUGAUGAAAAAGAGGAACAAGAAAAUCUUUGACAAUUGGAUGACUAUCCAGGAACUUUUGACCCAUGGCGCUAAAUCUCCCGAUGGCACGCGAGUGUACAACUCCCUGUUGUCCGUCACCACGGUGUAGCAGGCAGGCCUGACAGGCCUGAAGUGUAAUGUACUGUAUAUAGGACACUACCGGUUCAGGUAGAGAUUCCUGCCCCGUUAAAUGUGGCAACAUUUUGUAAAUAUGAAAAAGGAAAAGGCUUUUCUGAAGGACGUUUUGCCCACUGUGGUCAGAUGAGAAACUCCAGUUUGUUUUAUGGACUUUGAAGCUGAUCGACUUGAUUGAGGAUGAAUAUGAGACUGUUUUCAAAUGUUUUCAAUAACCUUUCUACCUUUGUGCUUGCUCUCUUGAAUAAUGAUGAUAGUGUUUUACAGCAAUAUGUGGGUCUUUGGAAGGUUUUAAAAGUUUGUAAAAGACUGUGUGCCAUAAGAAAAAGCAGCCAAUAUUUUCAUCUACAUUUGUAUAAGUAUCUCUUAUCAGUAUUUUACCAUUAUGCAUAACUUUUGCUUGUUGAAAGAAAUACAGAAAUAUUUAGCUUCAAGGUCAACGCAUAUUGCUUUUUGAGAGGACUUUUGCAAAUGUAACUAAACCUCGUAGUUUUUUGUAAACAAAACACUUUUUGGUUAUUGAUCUGGUGCUGUUUUUCAAAGGUGUACAACCAGUUUUUUAUCAUCUGUUACAUAUUCUGCUUUCAAGAAGUGAUAUCAUUGUGUAUGUAUCAGGAUAGAGCAGGACAUUUGUCACACAUUUAUUGAAAUCAGAAUCUUUCUGUGUAAUUGUUGAAGCACAUUGUAGUUACCUUACCUACGUAGAAAUUCAUGUAUCAAACAAAUUAGCACAGUUUAGGAAAUCCUUAGUUAACUACCCAAUUUGAUGUCUUGUAAAAUGAGAGAAAUAAUAAAUUAUUGUUUUAUAUUUGAUGAGCUUUCAAA